AUGGCUCAAGGAGCAAUAAAAUCCAAAAAGCCCACUGGACCGACGUCGAAGACCUCCAGAAGACAGCCAGUAUUGGGUCCAAAGAAAGGCGCAAGGACAAUCAAGCCGAGAAACGCUGCACUUGUCAAGAAUGCCAAAAUCACGAAGAAGCAUUCAGCUGGUUUGACAGCCAUGACCGAACGAACUUUGGGUGCUAAGGCUGGCCAUCUCGAGCUUCUGAAAGGUGGAAAGAAAAACAAAGACAAGGACGCCAAGGGAAAGGACAUCGAAGUGAAGAAGGGUGGAACCAAGAAGUUCGGUUGA